GAACUCUCCCUGCCUGCAUUAUAAAGGACAUAACUUGCUGACAGUAGCGAAAUCGUGUGGCAGGGAGCGGCAUGGCGUUGCUCUGAGACUUUUCUGCAGAACUUGAAGCUGUAACAGGGAAUCGCGUCGCGCUACAGGGAGCGCUCUGCUGGAACGAUAUAUCUAGAGCGCAGGGUAAUCCUGUAUGAUGGUCGACCAACUUGCUUUCACAGAAAUUAAUGCCCAGCGAAUUGCAGUUGUAGAAAAUUGCUUUGGUACAUCAGGCCAGCCAUUAUCUACCCCAGGAAGAGUUCUUGUGGGAGAAGGAAUUUUGACAAAAGAAUGCAGAAAAAAGCCCAAACCAAGGACUUUUUUUCUCUUCAGUGACAUCUUAGUGUAUGGAAAUAUAGUUAUAAAUAAGGUCAGAUAUAACACACAGCGUAUUAUCCCUCUUGAAGAUGUGACGGUCGAGAUACUUCCAGACAGUAUAGACAUGAGAAACCGAUGGAUGAUAAAGACCUCAAAGAAAUCAUUUGUGGUUUCUGCAGCCUCCUACUCUGAAAGGAAAGAGUGGAUUUGUCACAUAGAGGAAUGCAUCCACCAACUCCUGCAGAAGACAGGAAGACAACCUUCAAAGGAACAUGCAGCACCCUGGAUACCUGACAAAGCCACCGAUAUUUGUAUGCGCUGUACGCAAACUAACUUCACUUUAGUAAAUCGUAGACAUCACUGUCGCAAAUGUGGCUUUGUUGUGUGUCACGAAUGCUCAAAGUACAAGUUUUUGAUUCCAACAAUAAAAUCCAAACCUGUGAGAGUCUGUAGCUUAUGUUACAAAAAGUUGGUAUCUGAGAAAGUAGCAAUUGAAGAGGAAGUGAAAAGGCAUGAGAGACAAUUCCAUGACGCAGUACCAGAGUAUGAUCCAUCCAGUGAGGACAGUGAUGAGGAUGCUGAAAGACAAGGGGCAUGGCCUUUAAAUGAAGAUUUCUAUUCUUCAUCGUGGUCAGCUUUUCACACCUGAGCUUUUUACAUUAUUGUAUAUGACUUUACCGAAACAAUUCAGUAUUAUUUAUAAUGUUUGUAUUUGUAAAACACUACUAAGCAAUAUAUUACUGAUAACAUUACAGAUAAAAAUUUGCAACAAAAAUGUUAAAGACCACAUUUUGAAAAGUUGGCUUUUGUGGGGUGGGAAACUGUCUUACCCAAAUCUAUUGGGUGACAACCAGGAAUACACAGAACUUAACAUUAGACAGUCUGAUAAUAUUGUUUGUCAGAUGGUAAAAGUACAUCAUGAAUUAAGGUACCCAUACACGGGCCGAUUCUAGCUGCCGAUAUCGGUCCCUUUGCCUAUAACCAGGGCCAAACGAUCGAAUUAGCCUGGAUACUCCCGAUAUCAUCCACCCAUAGGUGGGGGAUAUCAGGAGAAGAUCCGCUCGCUUGGCAGUGAUCUUAAGGUGUAUGGGGACCUUUACAGUUAGAGGUCCAUGUCCCUUUUUGUAGUCAAAUAUUUGCCAGGCCCCUCUUGGCUAUCCCUGUAACUAUAGGGAUGUGACUAAUAUGACCAUCUUUUAAUUAUUUGUAAGCUUGUUAUGACCUAAUUUUACCCUAAUGACCACCAGAAUGGGCCCACCAAGGGGAAGCAGCCUCACAGACUGGAGCUUUUCUUAACAUCUGCCCAUUUACAGUCACUUCCAGGAUGGGUCUUGAAGGAUUCUUUGUUGCCACUUCUCUCCUGGUCCUAUACCAGAAUGGUAUGCAAAGCUUACAAUACUUUUUAUACAAGUUUGAUAUUUGUUUACGCUUUUAAUAAUUAUAUCCAUAAAGAUGCAGAGCAUAGUGCAAUAAUGCCAUACAUUUUUUAUAUGAUGGACCGAUUUUCUUGUAUACUACGUGUUAUACACACUGAAAAAAAAGAUUAACAAAAUGAGCAUUUUUCUCAGUGUUUUAGUCAUUUGUAUAAAUAUCUAUUUCACAAGUGUAUUUGAAUAUGCAAAUAUCUGCACGAAAGCCUCAGAACUGAAAAUGAUUUACUGUCCUAAAUAAAUGUCAUUUCUCUAUGACUGAUAUGAAAAUAUACUGGCUAGGUCAGAACUUUAGAAGAGCAGGGCCAGGGCAAUGCAAGAAAUGUGUGGAGGAUUAAGAGCAGUUUAAGAAAACAAAAUGGUAAAUGUUACUGGUAAAACAACUCAGCACUGUAUGAGCCCUAAUCAGUCAGUAUUGGACUGAGUAUUGCAGUCAAUACAAGCUACAGGGUUUUGCCAUGGAGGUUAAAGAUUUCAAUAUGAAUCUGUAUAUCAAUUAAUAUUUGAUAUCAUAUGAUGUUAUUUGUACAUUUACCACGCCCUCUUUACUCUGAAACCUAUGCUAUAUAAUUGGCUUUGCUUGCAUGUGCCCAAAUGCGCAGGGCAUAAAAUCCAUUGAUGACAUAUGUUUUGUGAUUAGUUUGUUUGCAGGGAGCCAUUUCUUUAGCUAUCAGUGAUCAAUAAAUCCCAAUGUUCUUUCUUGGUAGCCAUCUGGCACAAUUCCUUAUAUAAUCAAGUUGACAAUGUUCUUGGAAAGUUUAAAUUUAGAAUAAAAAAAAACAUAUAAUUUGCACUGUUGCAUAUACAAAAACGUCAGCAUGGGACGUGGUGUCAGUCAUGACUGAAACAUAAACUGUUUUAUUAUAAUUCAGACACAAAGUUAAUAAUUGCCAUUUCAGGGCAAGUGACGUGUGCCUCACUGACCACUAUGCUUGGUAAGAACAAGGGGUUGUCAAAGGUGCUCCUGGGUUAAACGUGUCUGGCUUAAUAUACUUGCAACACCUACUUAGCUCUCAGAAACCCUGUGAUUACCUAAUGUUAUAGGCAUUUGGGUUUAACUGUGCCUUAAGGUUUCCAUAACAGUAAGUUCUACUCGCCCUACAGGUGGCCGAUAUCGGGCUAAAUAGGUUGUUUUGGCCCUGGGUCCAAACAAUCGAAUUAGAACGGCGGGUAUAGGCGCCCGUCAGUUCAGGGACCGCAUCAACCAGCCGAUGUGGUCCACGAUCCAAGGAAAAAUCAAACCUGCCAAUAGAAAUCUUUCCGAUUUCAGGCCAGAUGUCGGUCAGGUAGGCCCGUCUAUGUAGAUAUCUAAUCCCUUGGUGUAUAUUUCUGUACACAUCUUAUUAUUAAUGGCAACCAAUUAUGUCUUUGAGAUUUAUACUGUGCCUUAAAUCCAACUAAUGUUUUACUUCACUAUUGUAUAACACUAAGCAAUUCAUGUAUUUUCAGUAACAGUUUGUAAUAAAUAAUCAGUACUAAAA